GCAGUCUGCCUUCAGCAACGCGCCCGCACGGAUCUUGGAUAUCGCCGAUAUCUUUGGGAUUAUACACUCAGCCGAUGGUUUCCCGAUUCCUACUCGAUGCAUAGAAAUGGGUAAACUGCAUUCGAAACAUGCUGCUAUUUGUAAACCGAGGGAGAGCCCAGAAGGCGACAGUUUUGUGGUCAAUGCCUGCCUGGCCAGGAAAGGAAUCGACGAAUGGCUCAUGAAACAGAAAUACUAUUGCACAGGCUCGCGUCUUGAGCAACAGGGCUGUCACCACAAGAAUAACUGCGGGUUGACUCCACGGGACUCUCUGGGUGAAGCAUGUGCCGUGGGGCUCAGUGAUGAACACUACCGUUUAGAAGUGGCUCUACCCCCGGAGAAGACAGACAGCUGCUGUGUGGGGGAGAAGAUGCAGGAAAGGGACAGCCAAUCCCCUGCAGGGCCCCAGAAACAGCUCCAGUUUGAGGAGUUGGAGUGUGCCGUGUCCGUGGAGGAGGACAACAGACAGGAGUGGACCUUCACCCUGUAUGACUUUGACAACAACGGCAAAGUUACCAGAGAGGAUAUCACCAGCCUCCUCCACACCAUCUACGAAGUGGUGGAUGCCUCCGUGAACCAUUCUCCCAGCAGCAGUAAAACACUGCGGGUCAAACUCUCGGUGGCUCCCGACUCCAGCCAGCGGUGGAGGAGCUGCACGCAGGGUGCAGCAGACAUGUCCCACCCCAAACAGAAAAAUGACAAGUGCAUAGAAGACCCCAAGAGUGCAGAGAAGAAGUCCCGAGCUCUCCUAAGGCGCCACCACAGUGACCACCACACCCAGCCAGGCUGCCAGCGCCACUGUGUGGACGAGAACCUGGAGCGUAGGAACCACUACUUGGACCUGGCAGGCAUUGAGAACUACACCUCCCGCUUCGGAAGUGCCCCCACCACGGAGCCAACGAAAGCAGAGCCUCAGACCAGGUCAUCCAACCAGACCCGUUCUCGCUCCCACGAGCCAGAGAACGGACAAUCCUAUCACCACCACCGCCGCUCACAUACAGUUGUGGAGACCAUCGCGCCGGACAGCCUGUGCCCUGCCCGGCCGCGGGGUCAAGACUCAGGGAAACAUGCGCUCCGUUCCCCGAAGACCCAUAGCCACACGCCCCCCAUGCAGAACAGCGGCAGGGUGAUGAGGAACCGAGGUGUGCCGCCUCCGCCGGCCCUGCCCAGCCAGACCCCUCCUCACCAAUCCGCAGCCCCCUACCGCAAACACAAACAGCGCUCCAAGGAAAACCAGGGUUACCGGGCACUCAGCUCCCUGGUGACUCCGGGGCCCGUGAUGGAGAAGGAACAGGUAAGGGACCUGCCCAGCGUGCUGCUGUACGAGGGCGGGCUGGCCCAAGUGGUGCAGCGGCAUGAGCACCACCACCAUCAUGAACACCACCACCACUACCACCACUUUUACCAGUCCUGAACCCUUCGCCUGGCUCGGUCCACCACGGAACUCCCGCGGCCCCACCGGCAAACACUGACUUCGGCAGGGUUUGGCCCCAAGACCACAACUGCUCAAUAUCAGACCCAGCCAGGACUGUAGCCAUGUGCUUGGCUUUUUAGCCAC